UCGGUCAUAAUUACAAUGUCAACGCCUCUCGACCAAUUGUAUACUGAAUAUUAGUCGUUAAUGUAAAUAUAAUUGGUGUAUAUUAUCCAGUAAGAUUUGAUUAAAUCUCCAAGAAGAAAUGUAGUAUGGAAGAAGCAUGCAUGGUUCAUAAUCGUCAAACGGUAACGAGUAGUCGUCGUUGGAUCGACAAUUUUAGACCAUUGUAUUAUUACAUGACUUAACGAUAUUUUCGGAUAUCUAGAAAAUGGUAUCUUGAGAUAAUUUAACGUGACUGAAAUAAUAGCUCGCAUUGUCAGUAAAUGUGUACCUCACGACGAUGGUAUAUUGUUCCAUGUUACGUUGAUUUUUCGUUAACCUUCAACAAAUAUUAGUGGCAGUACAUACGUUCAGAUUCUAAGGCAAAAAUUGGCAAUGCAAAGGGUAUUUCCAAAAAGGAGCUCUAAUUUUGAAUGUAUACAUUUGUAUUCAACUAGAAAAGAUGGUUGAAAGUACGACAGCUGUUCAACGUGCUAAAAAUUCUGCAUCCGUUAACGGAGGGCAAUGGACUGGCAAUGAAAAAAUAUCAUCUACAGUAACGCAUCAAGAAUCACAUUCUGUACAGCAUAAUGAAGUGUGUACAGAUGCCGAUCAUUUAACAUUAUGGCAACAUCCAAUUACUACGUUAAACUAUUUCUUUCGAGAACUGUUACUCAAUAUACUAUCUUUAGGGAAGAAAACGUUACGGUAUAAACGAACUGUAUGGAGUACAAUUUCACUUGUAGCAUUAUUUUUGUUAUUAAGUAGAAUUUCUGGACCGCAGCAAGAAACGUUUCGAUCAUGGGAAGCAAAACUUAUAUGGUGGUCAUACUGGGUCGGUUUGGGUGUAUUGUCUAGUGUAGGCCUUGGUACCGGUUUACAUACUUUUGUGCUUUAUUUGGGACCUCAUAUAGCAGCUGUCACAAUGGCAGCAUAUGAGUGUGGAUCUUUAAAUUUUCCGGAACCACCAUACCCAGAUCAGAUAGUGUGUCCAACGACAAUUGAUCCAUUGUGGACAGCGGGUAUAUUAAAUAUUAUGAGGAAAGUACGGGUAGAGGCUAUGUUCUGGGGUGCUGGUACUGCUCUUGGUGAAUUGCCACCGUAUUUUAUGGCUAGAGCUGCGAGAACUAGUCGACAAAGUAAUAAAAAUGACGAAGCUGCCCAAGAUGAUUUGAAAGAAUUGGAAGCCUUGGAGGCAUUGGAAAAUGGUGAAGACGUGCCAUUGAUAAUGCGUUUGAAAUUAACUAUGAAACACUUUGUUCAAAAGGCUGGUUUCUGGGGCAUUUUGGCUUGUGCAUCGAUUCCUAAUCCAUUAUUUGAUCUUGCUGGCUUGACUUGCGGACAUUAUCUCAUUCCAUUUUGGACAUUUUUUGGUGCAACACUUAUAGGAAAGGCAGUUAUUAAAAUGCACAUACAACAACUAGCAGUAAUUAUAGCUUUUAAUGAAGAGCUUUUAGAUAAAUUUAUUAGCCUAUUGGCUAUCGUGCCCUUUGUUGGUUCGCAUUUUCAAGAACCGCUUAAGAAGUACCUUAUUGAACAAAAACAGAAAUUACAUAGUAAAAAGUCAAUGGAUGGAGCAACAACGAUUUCUUGGCUUUUUGAUAAAUUUGUAAUAUUGAUGGUGUGCUAUUUCCUAGUGACAAUUAUUCAUGCAUUAGCACGAAAUCACCAUCGUAGACGCGUAAAAUCUUCUGCAGACUGAAAUUGAAGAUGAACAGAUUUGAAAUAUCGUAAUGGUAAAAUCAGUUCCAUAGCGAGAUGAUUAUAAAAGACAUGAUAUAAAAAAAAAAGUAACAAUAAGCUGUUGAUGCUUUGUUUAUAUAUACAUGAGGACCGCGCAGUUAUUUUUAUUUAAUCUUAUAAUAAUACAGAAUAGAGUCUGGAUCUUAAUGGUUUUGAUGGUAAUAUCUUACAAUGAGAAGAAUUAUUAUUUCACUGAUAAAAAAGUUCAAAAUGUUAAAAAUGCAAAAGCACGUGGAAGUACAGAAAUAAGCCUUAGAAUUAAUAUGCUGGCUUUUUGCACCACUCAGAUUUAGACUCUAAUGUUAAACCAUAAAAAAACAAAAGAAAAUAAAUAAAAAAUAACAAAUGCAAAUAUUUCAUGUCCCAAUUAAGGUGUAAGGUAAAUAAUUAAUAUAUAGUACCUUUAUGUACAUGCGUAUCAAGUUUACACAUCAUGUUAAAUAGAUAAUGAUAAAGGUCAUUAAGGUAUUGUCUCUUACCUAAUAUAGGGUAAGAAAGAAAAAUACUUUUUAAUAAAUAAAAGAUAUUUGUCAAAUGUAAGAAAAGUAUGUAUCAUGAUAGUGCUUCUUAUUAUAUUUGUCAAUGAAAUAAUAUGACGUAUGGAUGAUGUAUCCGUUGAAAAGGAAAAGUCAUUAUUAGUGUUCAUUUAACGUUCCUUUUGUUAUGGGAUCCUUCGGCGCGAGUAUUGUUUCAUAUAAAUUCACUCGUGCACGCAUAUCAUUGCAUGGUACAACUCCUAUACAGGUAGAUAAGGCCUUUGCAUCGACGACCUGUAUAUGGAUUGCUAUUAACGAAAGGAUUAAUUGUACAAAAUAAUUCUGAAGAAAUGAUAACGCCCAAUUUAUUUGUUCGCUCUAUAUUAAUUUUCAUUAUUUUAUUUAAUGUAUUUUUUUUUUGUAUUUAUAUCUGGACAGUGUACAAAUUAGUUCUUUCAAUUUGAAUAGUUUAAAUUGAGAAGUUGAAGUAUUAUUAAUAAUCUGAUAAUAAUUAUAUUAUAAUGGAUUUGAUAUAAAUAUUCCGAUUGGCUAAACGUAACGAAAACGAUUGCUAAAAUAAAGUUUAUAAAGCUCGUAUUUAAAAAAUACUUGUUGAUUAAUCAGUGACAUUUGUAGAUUAAGUCACUCAACUAGUAAUUUUCUAACAAUUAAAUUAAAUUUUCGAUAUUAAAUAUAAAUUAAAUAAAUUAAUCGAUAAUAACGUCCAACAAUGUCGGAGAAGCAGAUUUGAAUGAUUUUUCGAAAUUAAAAAGUAUUUUCCUUUUUGGCCUCUAUUGUAUGUAUUUUAGAAUUUUGAUACUCGCGUCUAGAUAAAUUCAUCCAACCAAUCCAGGCAUCCCCGUCAUUAUUUCUUGGCGAAUAAAGCGUAAUGUAAAAUGUCAUAAAAUUGUUCAUACGUAAUUAAUGGAUAAUGUGUAAUUUCUCACUAAAAAUAUAUUAUAUUACUGCAUUGUGUGUGUGUGUGUGUGUACAAUUUUUGUGAUACAUGCAUACAUACAUACAUUUAUUGAUUUUACGUGUGUAAUACGUAUACAUUUAAAUAUAUGUAGAUUAUUAUUAUUCAUUGAUAUUAUUUAUCAUAGCUACAAUUUUCUUAUACAAUGCCUGGAUAUUACCUGUUAUAUAGGAAUUACAUAUCUGUGAUAUGUUCGGUUUGUUGAAAUCCUAAGAGAGAGAGAAACAUUAAUUUUAAUUAUUAAUAUUUCAUAAGUGUAACAGCAAAAAUGUGGAAACAUUUUUAUUUUUAACAACUGGAUCAUAAAAAUAUUUAUAUCACUCUGGAUGUGUAUAAUAUUUGACUUUCAAAUCUUUUGUCUCCGUUUAUCAAUGUAUCGAUAAUAUUUGACUUAUUUAUCUUUUGAAAACAAAUGAAUAGGUUUUCAAUCAAUUACUGUUUAAGAUAUUGCAGUGACUAUUAAAAAUAUAUGUCGAGAAAAAGGAUUUUUCUUAUGUUUAUCCUUACAGUAGAAUUGUAAGAGUAUAAUCCGCUUUUUGUAUGCAAAUUCGACAUAAUGAUUUUUUUUCUUUGCACGCUGAAGAAAUGCUUCAUAUAUGCAAGCAUAUAAACAAGGGGUAUCCGUGAAUAAAGUUUUAUUUAUUCUUUACGACGAAAGAAAAAUGAUUAUUUUUAACCCGACAAAAUAAAAUAACAUAAUGUAGAAAAUAACGCGAAUGAAAAAAAGGGGAUGAAAAUCGGGAAGAGUGAAAGAGAGAAUGCUUUAAUGUAAUAGAAUUUUUGAGUAUGCAUGUUCUAAUAUUUUGCAAGUAUAUUGGCAAAUUUAAUACGUAAUACAGAGUGUUCCCAAAGUUUGGAUCAUUAACUAUAAUAUUUUGUCCUCGACAGAUUAAAUAUGGCUUUGUCGAAAUAUGUCCAAGAUUGCGUGUCCAGACCUUAGGAACACCCUGUAAAAAUAUAUCGAAUAUAAGAAUGAGAGAAGAGAGAGAUAAUAUCGGUAUGAUUGUGCUGUUGUUAUUGUUAUUGUUGUUUUAGGAGAAGAAUGAGAAUAUCGUACUUCGAUGCGGAAAAUAAGCUUUAUGUAAUACACGUGCCUGCUCUAGCUAUAAUAAUAAAGAUCUGACAUUCCAAGCAGGA